GUCGACUCGCAGCCAAUCCCAGAGAUAUAAGUAGAAACGCAUGGUCCAAGGGCACCGGGUGAGAGACCACAUAGCAAGGAAACAGCAAGGCGAGGAACCUCGUGUCAAAGGCUGUCACUGAAGAAGUGAGUCGGUUUGAGCUGUGUUGAAGAGAAGAUUCCUGUGAAGCAGCAAUGGACCAGGCACGGUCAACGAUAUCCAAAAUUUUUAAUGGGGAGCCACACUCCUACACACGUUUCAACUUGACCCAGAACAUGGAAGGUGAUAACAGCCAGGUGGAGAUGAAGCUGUCGUCCGACAUGGAUGAGGAAGUUGGGGGAAAUGGCGUUGGAGAUCACCUCAAUCACAGCUCCAACCGCAAACCCCAUGUGGCUCAGAAGCUUGGACGCACACCCAAGAACCUGUGCUUCUUGGCAGCUGCCACCCUCCUCAUCUUUAUUAUUGGCUACUUGAUUGGCUAUCUGGUGCAUCGGAAAAGCGACUUGGCUCCAAGCUGUGCAGCCUCCGUGCUUCCUUUGGAAGAACCUGUUCCUCACGAGACAGGUGCUGCUCCCCUCAUGGACUGGGACGAUGUGAAAAAGCUCUUCGCUCAAAAACUCACUGUAGCCAACUUUGAAUCUGUCUUCAGUGAGUUUUCCAGUGAUGAACACCGGGCUGGUUCUCCAGGUGAUGAUGCUCUGGGGAACAAGGUGCUCAAGAAGUUUAAGGAGUACGGCAUGAACACAUGGACCGAUGAGCACUUUGUUAAAGUUCAAGACCCCCCUGCUUCCGGCUCCAACAGAGUUGUUUUCAAGAAUGGAAGUAAUGCGGAGUAUCCAAAAGGACUCCUGUCCUACAGUGCCAUAGGAACAGUAACGGGUGCUGUCUUGUAUGCGGGUUAUGGGCAGGAAAGUGACUUAAUGUUACUGCGGGACAGGAACAUCAACCUGUCUGGCAGGGUGAUGCUGGUCAAGGCUGGUAAGAUCAGCUUUGCUGAAAAGGUAGCCAAUGCUGCCAAAAUGAAUGCCUCUGCUGUGUUGAUCUACCCUGACCCUGCCGAUGACACUUUCGAAGAGGACACUGAGCUCUAUGGACAUGUCCACAUGGGUUCAGGGGAUCCCUACACCCCAGGCUUCCCCUCCUUCAACCACACCCAGUUUCCCCCUGUCCAGUCUUCUGGCCUGCCAAAAAUUUUGGCUCAGACCAUCACAGCAGGCAUGGCUGCAAAAAUUCUGAGGGAGCUGGGGGGUCAGAAUGUGCCACAAGCGUGGGGAGGAAUCUACAAACUGGGAGAAGAGAGAGAUCUUAUUACUGUGGACGUCAACAAUGUUCUUACUGAGAAGAAGAUAAAUAAUGUCUUCGGGGUCAUCAAAGGCUUUGUGGAUGCAGAUCGAUAUCUGGUCAUCGGUGCCCAGAGGGACGCUUGGGGUCCAGGUUUUGCUUCAUCGACUGUCGGCACCAGUGUCCUUGUUGAGCUGGCACGCUCCAUCUCUGACAUGGUGAAGAACGACGGAUUCAAGCCAAGGCGAAGCAUUGUGUUUGCCAGCUGGAGUGCUGGAGAAUAUGGGAGUGUUGGCGCCACCGAGUGGUUGGAGGGUUAUCUCUCUUCUCUGAGCAUGAAAGCAUUCACCUACAUCAACCUGGAUGGCGUUGUAGCAGGUCGGAACGGAUUUAAAGUAGCAGCCAGUCCCUUGCUGUACAGCUUGAUCAAGAGCUCUCUAAACGAGGUGAAGUCUCCAAACAAGGCCCCUUCUCUCUCUUCUGAAUUUGCAGGGGGCAACUGGGAAACAAAUGUAUUGGAGCCUCUGAAGUUGGAUAAUGCUGCAUAUCCCUUCCUUGCCUUUUCUGGAAUACCCUCAGUAUCAUUUAGAUUCACCCCUGGGAAGUCAGAAUACCUGUAUUUUGGCACAAUGCGGGACACCCGACAGAAACUGAACGGGGUCACGUCCAACUCAGUUCCUCAGGUGGCUGUAAUAGCAUCCCAGUUUGCAGGUCACAUGGCGCUGAGGCUGGUCCAUGAUCACCUCCUGCGGAUGGACUUAACAAGGUACCACGAUAUUAUACGUACUCAUGUGGGUCAGAUCAACGCGAAAGUCAAGGCUGUUCAGAGGGUGCAGCCCCAGCUGUUGCCCAAGUCACUGACGGUGCAGUGGUUGAUCUCUGCCUCUGGCUCAUACGGCCGUGCCUCUCGCAGCCUGUUAGCAGACGUCCAGAACAGCGACCUGGACGACAUCGAGAUGUGCCGCAUCAUUAAUGACCGCAUCAUGUCGGUGGAAAGGAACUUCCUGUCACCCUUUGUGUCUCCCAGAGAGAGUCCUUUCCGCCACAUCCUGCUGGGCUCCGGCAGUCACACUCUCCAGGCUCUGUCCAACCACCUCGAAGCCCUCAGGACUACCAACCCUGAGGCAGAUGCUGAUCUGUUCCGCAACCAGUUUGCCCUGGCGACCUGGACCCUUCAGGGCUGUGCCAACUCACUAGCAGGGGAUAUCUGGUCUUUGGAUAAUGAAAUAUAAAAAGUAAUUUCCUCCCUCCUCCCUUGUUCAUGGUUUGGCCCUCUUAGUGCAGCUGGCAGUGUGAAAACCAGUAGGCUGUGAUUAUUAACAGUCACAGAUGCAGUUUUUUUUUUUUUUUCUUAAAUUAACAUAGCUGAUUGAGGAAGUGAUAAAAGUGGAGUUGUUUCAAAAUGCCAAAAUUAGUAAUCAACUCUGUUCCAUAAUUUUCAAAAUUUCAAUAAGCUGCCUCAUCUCCCUUCUUUCUAAAAUUCUCCAUAAAGUCAAACAUUCAUGAUAAAUUGUACUUAAACCUUCAGCCUUAACAAAAAGAAUGUUUAGAAGGUCAUUCUCUCUCUUUCCCCCACAUUUUUAACAUGCAGUACUUAAGUACUGCAUUUUGAAUACUUUGGUGCUAGUAACGACUACCUUCAAACAGCCAUAUUAAGUGGUAGCACUACUUAAAGUGGUGGCUAUGAAUGAGUUGAAUGUAGUGAAAGUGAUGCUUUUUCAGCACAGUAUCAGGUCAUAAUCACAGGAAAUGCUGUUUGCCAGCUCAGAAAUGAAUAAAACAUGAAAGGCCACUAUGAUGCAAUAAGGUAAUGCCUUUCCAUUUGUUUACCAUAAUGACUACAGAUCAAAAGUGCUGGUAUUUCCACUGCUGCUAGAGCCUCAUGUUCAAAUACAUUUGAGCUGGUUUGUGUUGGUAGCUAUAAUUUCAUACUGUGCUGAAAUCUGCUGCUCAACUCAUUGUCAGAGAUUCAGAAGUUGCUGAAAAGGACUGAAGAUUAACACUUACACAGCUGUUGUGUUGCACAGAACACACCUAGAAGUAGAUUUUGGACAACCAGCUGUCGUUACUUGGCACCGUGCUGCAUUAAUCUUUUUAAGAAAAGUCCUAAUUACUCGCAAUAAUAAUUAAUUGGUUGAUCAUCUGAAUCGUCCACCUCCUGACAUGAGGGCGAGUCUCUGUAGGCCUUUCAAAAACCAAGGGAGAAGAUCUCAACCAUGUGGCACUGAAACAGAAACCGUACGUCUAUUUAUUGUGUUAUUUAUUUAUCAGUGGCAGGGUUCACUAUAAAUAGUUUUUUUAUCGCCUUUUAUAAAAAAAUGUAUAAUUAUCGGGAGCAGUGCCUUCCAUAAUUAUGACAGUUAUACUGUCGAAUUGACAAAAGCAGCAUCUGCUUAAAGAAGUGUACAUGUUGACCGAUGGCCAGUACUGAACACAGAACAAUCUGGCACCUCUCAGCAAACCACACAACUGAGGUAAUUAUUUUGAUUUUAUUUUGAUUUUUUUAUACUUAAACCUACUACAAGGAGUUUUUAACUGGUUAUGAAACACCUCAAUUUAAUAGUGAUUCCUCUAUAUGACCCACAUAAACAAACAAAGCCAUCAACCAGAAGACUGGCUGUUUAUUUAUAAUUAUUGUCAGUGCAGUAAUGCUCUGCCACUGGGUCAGAGUUGGUCAGAUUCCCCUCGAAAUCAGAGAAACGAGGCGGUGGAAACACUACCGCUUUUGUCCACAGGGGCCACCAGAAUCACAUUAAAUGAAAGUUCCUUGUAGCUGCUUUAACUGACACUGGAUUGGUCUUUUAGGCAAGUCAUUUCAUAUAUCACACCUUGGAAAAUAUAUACUGAACACCUCUGUUUGUCAGUACCAGUCCCUUGGUCCAUGCACACCUCUCGUCCUCACAACAUUAUCGGGAGCAGUGUCUUCCAUAAUGUGAAAAAAGAAGGUAGUUUUUGCCUACCAGUGUGUGUCCGUAUCGGAGGCAGUGCCCUCCAUAUUUCACUGUAGGGGUGGAUGUUUUUAUUAUCGGGAACAGUGUUUCCCAUAAUGUGUAUAUAUACAGUACAUUGCUACACCAUGCACUUGUUGUCUGCAUCUUUAAAAGCCUUCUAUGACGUUUGCUAAAGUAGUUUCCUCUAAGGCCUGAAGCUUCUGCCCACAGAUCUAAAGGAUAGUGAUGAGUUUUAACGUCUGCUCUUCUGAAAACAUGUCCCAUCUGUCUCCUUACUGAGGUGAAGAAGUUGCAGUUCCAGGUUCUUUUAGUUUUGUUUAGUGAGCAGUUUGUCUCAUUUUAAUCAAGCGCUAAUCUGUCUUUUCUUUGGGCUUCAUAUUGAACUGACAUGGAAGGUAUUUUGCUUUAAAGGAAAAAAUAAAGUUUUACACAUAUUUUUGGGACCACUGGUUACAGCAGUGUGGUCCAGUUUUUACAGUAAAGAUCACCACUCUGCAAAAUGAGUUUUGUUUUUAUUGAUUCAGUCAGUGUGAAAGUACAUUCUGCUUUCAAUUGUGUUCAUUCUUGUUUGAAGAAAUUUCCUUGUGCCUUUGUUUCAUGACUGCGUUCGCUUCUACACACAGUACAGAACUUAAAGAGGUUUUGGAGAAUGCAUAUUUGGCUUGUUUUUGUUUUAGUUUUGACAUUUCUGUAUUUUUGCUCCUUUUCAUCUGCUAGAAUCAAAUGUUACUGGGUUAAAGGCCUGUUAUGCUCAAACACUGUUAGAAGUUAAAAAGUUACCAAAAGAAUAAAUGUAAACGGGAUUUAAAGAUUUCACUAGGAAUGUUACAGUACUUGAGGUGGUCCUCUUUUAGCUAAUCUACAAAGUUUGGUCACUCGUUGUUUUCAUGUUUUUAUUGGGAAACACCAACUAAUGUUAACGCCUGAGUAGAAGAAGAUGAAUUUUAGAUCAGUAGCCAUUUUUGAAUGAUCUUUCAACCAUUCAUACAUUCCUGGUGUGAGUGAUUAACUGAUCUGCUGGGCUAUAAUGGGUCUUUAUUAUGAGUACACACACAGGUGUAGGAAUUGAUCUGCAAAUUUCUUUCAAAAUUCUGACAACAUGGAUAAAGAAUGUUUUUGGAAAUUGUUAAAAUAACAAUGCUUUUUUUCCUCAAACUGUACACAAGUUUGCUUAGCUUUGUGUUUGUUGCUGCAAUAAACAAUCACAUCACAA